GGAAAUGACAGAUGCCUCGUAGUUCUUCCAAAUUAAUCAGAUUUCGAUUAAAUCAAAUCUGAAAGAAUAAUUGUAACAUAUUGAAUUUAACUAUUUAAUAAUAUGGCUCAAUCACUAGAAGAAAAUCAACCUUUACAAAGUCCGGAGCAUAAUGCUGACGAAGUUGCUAUGCUAAGAAAAAAACUACUAUUAAAAUCAGAAGCUUUAAUGGUUCUUAGUCAAGAAUAUGAUCAAUGUCGAACGCAACGAGAUCAAUUUAAACUUAUGGCUGAACAAAUUCAAGAACGUUUUUGGCAUUUUAAGAAACAAACUAAUCUAACACGAGAUUUAAGAAAAUACAGUGUAGAUGAGGACUUUAGAACGAUGGAUCUUCUAGCAGAAAUUCGUGAGCAGAACAAAUGUUUGAGAUUGCAAGUAGAAACCCUUAGACAAAAAUUACGAGAUGCUCAAAGAGAUAUUCAGGUCCUCAGAUCGAGUAAUAAUUCUCAUAUAGAGUUAACUGGAUCACAGUUAGCACCUGCUGCUCAUGAAAGAGAAGAAAUGAUAGAACAGCUGGAAAAACUAAACAUUAAAUGUACUCAACUCCAAAAUGAUCUGAAGAACGUAUUAGAUGAGAAGCAAGAACUAGUGACAGAAAGAGAUGCAUUCAAAUGCAAAGCCCACCGUUUAAAUCAUCAGUUAUCUAAAGCUUUGAAUGCAACCCAAGCUGUUGAUUUAGAUGCUUUAAUUAAUGAAAAUAGAUAUUUACAAGAAAGACUGCAACAAUUAUCAGAAGAAAAAGAACUCGCUCAUCAAUCUCUUUCUAGAUAUAAGGGCAUACUUGACAGUAAACGAGUGAAAGGGACGAUAAAAUUAGGAACCGAUGGCGGAGGAAGAAUUAUGACCUAUAAACAAGUGGAAGAGCUUCUUCAACAAGGAGUCAAUAUUCCUCCACAAAAAGCUGCAGCUGCAUUAGAAGAGUUGCGAUACUUGUGUGCUGCGCUAUUUGAUACGUUAAAUGACAAGGCGUUGGCUUUGGCACAUCAAAGAAAAACGAAUAAAAUUCUAGCAACGAGAAUCAGCGAGUUAGUGAAUGACAUACCCUCACCAACGUCAAAACUGCUAGAAGGUUACGUGAGUGCAGAUGUUGAUACCAACGUAGAAUUAAAUUUACACGAUUACGAUAGUAAAGAAAUGUUGAAUGACAUUGAAACGGAAGAAAAAGUACAUUUAAAUGGAGACUUAUCUCACAAAGAAUCACCUUCUUUUACUGGGGAUUCAACGUCAACGCCAACAGUACCUCUAGACUUGCCAGAAAACCUUGGAGCUUUGGUGCAAAAAGCUCUUCUUGAUUUAAAAGAGAAUACCAAAGAUAAAUCUUGAGACUUAUAAAGGUAAUUUUUUGAUAAAUAUUAUCAAAGUGCAUUAUGGUUGUUAUUUAGUGUAUUUUUAUCUAAGUCAUAUCUGAUACGAAAGUCAUAUUGAGACCAAAGAUGUUGAUAAUUAAAGCUAUUUAAGUUGAAUUUUUUUUUUGCCUUGAAAAUAUCUAUAUACAUACAUAAAUAAAUCCACGGUAUAU